AUGGAUAAUCAAUCCAAAACCACUACAAGGAGCAAGAGCUCGUUCAGGCACUUUCAAUAUGAGGAAGACAGGGACUCACCAGGAGAUGCUCGGAACGUUCUCAUAGUAGUUGCCACGCUGAUUGCUGCAGUAGCCUUUCAAGCUGGGGUGAACCCUCCUGGGGGAGUUUGGCAGGAUGAUAAAGAUGGACACAAAGCUGGGAGGGCCAUUUAUGCAACUGAAAAAGAAGCUUAUUAUGUUUUCUUGAUUUCAAACACUUUGGCCUUUUCAGCUUCACUCUUGGUCAUCGUGUACUUAACAUACAGGUUUCCUUUCCAUCUUGAAGUGUUGAUUGCCACGGCGUCUAUGAUUGUAACAUACGGGUCUGCUGUAUUCGCUGUCACUCCCAAGGACUCCGUGAGGUUUCGCUAUAUUCUGAUCGCUGCUGCUGUUCCUUUUGCAAUGAGGCUUUUGAUCCGAGUGUUCGUCAAGUUUAGAAGCUGUUCAGGACGUUUAGAUAGAUUUUCAGGAUCGAUCUCGGGUUUGUUGAUGUCAUUACAAGAAAAUGUUUAUUUGUGA